UUUAGCCUGCUCGUUUCUUUCUUGUACGAUAGAUCCCUCUUCCAUGAUGUGUAGCUUUCACGUUGCCACUAGUUAGGAUGAUGGAGUCAUAGGAUUAGCCAGGGGUGGCUAUACGGUCCGGUCCGGUUAAAUUGGCCCAAAUUGAUCCGGUCCAGUCCGGUCUUUUUGAAAAUAUAAGGACCGAAGAUUGGAUUGGAUACAGUCCGGUCUUGAUCCGGUCCAGUUUUGACCGGUCCGGUCCCAAUUCGAUCUUGAUUUUACAUUGAGAUUGUAGGAUUUGAGUGGCCUAAGGCCUUAAAGGGUGAGGAGUUGGUUAAGUUUUGUACUAAGUGCAAAGGUUUAUGACCGUUUAUGCAAAUUACCCUUAAGUUUUGGGUGUUGAGCUCUCUUAUCCGGUUUUUUACCUCAAAUCUAAGCCCAAAGAUUGAAUUGGAUUGUUUACUAUCGGGUCCAGUCUCGGUCCGGGUUAUACGGUCCGGUUUCCGGUUUUUAAUCCGGUCCCGGUCCAAAUAGCCACCCCUAGGAUUAGCCCAUGACCAAAUUGACUGUCUUGGUUUGUUAUACCCCCUAGUCAGCCCAUUUGAGUCGUGUGCCUUUCUUUCUUCGUGUCUACAAUGAAAAUUCACCCUUUUUGCAUCUCGUAGAAGUUACACAUAGUGGUUUUUGCAUGUGUUCUGCUAUUUCUGCUGGAAAUAAGAUAAGGGUUGGAGGUAGUUCUUAAAAUUUGGGCAUGAGUUUGCAAAGAUAAAAAAAUCUGAAAAAGAGGUGGUUCCCCCAUGGAAAAUAUGAAAAAAAAAAUUGAAUGGAAAUAGAAGGGAACCACCAUGGAUAUCUUAAUCAUGCUCAUUAACUGUGUUUCUUAGCAAACUGGCUUAGAAAUACUUACGUAUUGGUACCUCCUUCACUUGUGUGCUCUAAAGAAUUUGAUUAAUGCAAAAUAGUAGAGGAAGCAAGUAACUGGUUUGGUUGAUUGUCGAUGUGCUGGGUUUGGAACUGUGGAACCUUGUGUAUGAAUUCUUCCACCACCUUAAAGGCAUUUUCCCAUAUCCAAGACAAUAGCCAGUCAUCUGAACCUGUGUCUAAGACCUCCUUACUAGUUGGUGGUGAUACCCUAUUUGUGAGUUCUAGCACUUAGAGGCUACCAUCAUGGUGAAGAGAUGUUAGGAUUGAGAGAAUAAGUGUUAUGAGGACAAUCCAAGUACCACAUCGGUAAUACAAGGGAAGGAACUCUUGUAUAUUAGUAUCCACCAAGCUCAUUAGUAUGAGGCCUUUUGGGGAGGACAUCCAAAAAGUAAAUUCCUGUGGGCUUGGCCCAAAGAGGACAAUAUCAUACUAAUGGGCUGCCCAUUUAUGACAAGUGGUAUCAGAUCCUGGUUCGCAUCCAGGGCGGUGGACGUUAGUUUAGUGGGACCCUCAUUUGGUGACCUCCGGAUUUGAGAUCUGCGUUUGGUUUGGUGGAUCCAGAAGAGAUCCGCGUUUGGGCUUGAAGGAUCAAAGAGAGUUUCGCAUUGGGGAAGCAGAUCAAAGAGAGUUAUGCGUCUGGUAAAUUCCUUGUACCGAGAAGCCCAUCGAUACAAGGCAUUCGGCGGAUCAAGAUAAUCGCUGAGGAGAGGACCUGAAAUUUGUGGUCCUUGUCUUGAGGGGAGGAUUGUUAAGGUACAAUCCAAGUAUCACAUCGGUAAUACAAGGGAAGGAACCCUUGUAUAUUAGUGUCCACCUAUCCCAAUUAGUACAAGGCCUUUUGGGGAGGACACCCAAGAGUAAACCUGUGCGGGCUUGGCCCAAAGCGGAAAAUAUCAUAAUAAUUGAGCAACCUUGUUUGACAAGUGGUAUUAGAGCCUAGUUCGUCGGAUCCGGGGUGGUGGACGUCAGUUCGGUGGACCCACAUUCGGUGACCUCGGGAUUUGAAAUCUGCGUCAGGUUUGGUGGAUCCACAAGAGAUCCACGUUUGGGCUUGGAGGAUCAAAGAGAGUUCCUCGUCUGGAAAAGUCCUUGUAGCAAGAAGCCCAUCGAUACAAGGUGUCUGUCGCAUCAAAUUGUCCUGAUCCCACUGGUCAAGAGUGAGCGAUUUAGUUUCUCAUAUUCUAUAUCCCGGCGAGGACCUUGAUUGCUCUGUCUUCUAUUCUGGUGACUUGAACUCUAUGCAUGGUUGACUGUGGUCGGUUGUCAUCUGAAUGGUCAUUGCGGUUGAUGUUGUUGUUGUUCAUGUAUUGGUGUUAUUUGUCUGUUGAGAUCAGUAUGAUUGUGCCAUAUGUCAUGUCCCCAAAAGUGUUUUGACUAGAAAUUAUGAUAAAGCUUUUAUGGUAUCUAACUCGGUUUGCUUGGGUACAAGCAAACAGUUAAGUGUGGGGGGGGGGGAUUUGAUGACUCGAUAUUUGCAUAUAUUUUGUCCACUAUUCUUAUACUGUUUGAGGCUCAUUUCAUGUGCUUUAAACAGAUUUCACGCUAGGUUGCUCUUGUUAGUGAUAUUUCAGGUCCUAGUACGUGAAUGAAGGUUUGGGCACAAGUUCGGGGUUGAUUGGACAAAGUUAGGACGUGCGACAGAAAGCAGAGGCAUUUACACGGGCAAGAGCUGGUUUCACACGGCCGUGCAGUGUGGCCGUGUGAAUGGUUUUACGUGGAUAGGAGUUGUACAAGCUGUGCAAGGGCACCUCUAGCCGUGUGAGUUUUCUAGAGAUUUGUACGGGCAAGGCCUAUUUUUACACGGCCGUGUUAUCCCCUCGACCAAUUAAGUGCAACGCCGCAUUUUGGGGGUUUACACGGGCAGGAUGGAGUUUUGCACGGUCGUGUGCACUGGCCGUGUAAUCUGGGAGAACUGUUUUUAACCCAAUUUCUGGUUUUAAAGGAGGGAUCCGAUUUCUUGAGAGAGAAAGGGCAAAGAACAAACCCUAAGAGCUAUAUGGAGUGCAUUUCUCACCAUUGAAGCCCAGAUUGCGUCCCCAGGAGUGAAGAUUGACAUCCCAUAGCAGAUUAUUCUCAUCUUUAUGAGUAUGACUACUUUGAUUUAUGUUUUCCUCUCUCUCUCUCUCUCUCUCUAUAUAUAUAUAUAUAUGGAGUAGACCUUUCUCUCACUUGGGUAUGAAGAACCCUAGUUCCGUGUGUUAGUGAUCUUGAUUGUAAUGACUUUUGGGAUGAUAUACUGAUUGAUUUUAAUCAAUUUAAAUGUGUUUAUUGAGUCAAUUGAAUCCUGAUCAACUUCUCUUGAUUUUUGCUUCAACCUGUGAUAAAUAGAAUCUGAACAGGUUGUUAGAAUCCAAGCUAAUUUUGGAUCUUCCGCAGUUUAAUCAACAGUAAAUCAAACGAAGGGAAUUACAACUUGAAGCUAAUUAAGGAGCUAGGGGGACUCAUCCCCUAGUGACUCUUCUCUUGCUUUAGAAAACUAGAAAAAUUUACUCUUUUCUAUCUGCUUUGGUUUAAACUCACAUUUCACUCAAUUAGUUUUGCUAGAUAAUAGAAGUUCACGGAGUAGGCAUUAGAUCUAGACCCUGGGUUGAUAAAUUAAACUUACCCACUAUUUUGCAUUUCCAUUCUGUGAUUAUACUUGGUCGUAGUUUGGUGUUGUAUUUUAGCGUAUCAUACACAUAUAGGGUUUCGAUUAGGGGUGGGAAAAGGUUUGGUCGGCUAAACUGGACCGGAUUAACCCAGUUUUUUGAAACCGUUUUGGCUAAAUCAGCAACCGAAAACUGGAUUGGAUAGGGAUCCGGUUUCAACCUUGACCAUACUGGAUUAGAUCCGGUCCAAUCCGAUUUCAACCAAAAACUUGUUAUGUCUGCUCCCUCCUCAAACGACAACGUUUUAAUGUGGUAGACUAUUAAUUACACAUGUUUUUACCCCUAUUCUUGAGCCGUUUGAGAUGUUGAUUCUUGUGUUUUAAGCCGAUUUCACGCUAGGUUGUGCGUAUGUCAUAUUUCAGGGCUUAGCGUUGGCAUCGAGGCGAAGAAACGAGUUUCGGGUCGAAAGGAGCACGUUUGGGGUGAAGUGUGCUGGAGGAGCAAAAUACCCAACCAUGAGCAGAAAUACCCGGCCGGGUAUUAUUUGGAGCAGACCGGGGAUUUGUUGCUUCGGGCGUCUCUGAGAAGCAGAAGGGGGCCCAGGCAGAGAGCAGAAAUCCCCGGUCGGGGAUUCUUGGCAUUGACCGGGGAUUUUUCCCUAUCUUCAGACGCGACGUUUUGAAUAUACCCGGUCUCCACCCAAAAUACCCGACCGGGGAUCGCGACAGACAGCUUUUUAAGGGAAAAGAAGGCCAAAAGUGAAGUGUUCCAAGUUUUAGAGAGAAAAGGCGAUACCUAGAGAGAUAAAGUAACGAACCUGACUCUGCAAGUGUCAUAGAUCGAUCUCCAUCACCAUUGGAGCCCGGCUUGAGCUUGGAGAAGACCUGAUUGAGUGCCAGAAGCAAAUUCCUAUCCUUCGCAGUAUGGUUUCCGCAUCUGAGCUAGAUUUUCCAUCUCUCUCUAUGGAGUAGUUUUCUUAUUCACCUGGGUAUGAAGAACUCUAGAUUUGUAUGUUAGGUCUGAUUGUAUGAACCCAAGUACAGAUUCAUUGGUAUGAUUAUGUUCAAUUGAGGUUUGAUUUGUUGAAUGGCAUGAAUCCUGAUCAAAUUCCUGUUGUUUCUGCUUUAACCUAGAAAGAGAAUAUCUGCCUAGGUUGAUAGAGCACCCUUGAUUGAAGGUAGUGAAUUGGCGACUUUAGCCGAGGAGUCAAUUCACUAUUCUGUACCAAAUUUACUUCGGUAGUUGAGGUUAGUCGCCCGCUGAAGACUCAAAUUGAGAGGGUUUGGAGACCUUUAGUCGAGACUUCACACUUUUUAAGAACCUCCCGCAGUAUAACUAUCAUUGAACCUGAACUUGGUAAAUUACAAUCCGGCUUAACUGCAGUCUAGGGGGGAACCAUAUCCGGGUGACCUCUCUCGACUUGGAAACAACCUUUUUACUUGCUUUGUUUGUUUGCUUGUUUGGACCUUCACUAAAAGUUCACUGCUAAAUAAUAACUCACGGAGUAGUCAUCACAUCUAGGAUCCGGGUUGACAUUAAAACCCAAACCGCUAUACUACGCUUUAGGAGGUGGUUACACUUGGCCAUUUUCUAGAGUGACAGUAGGAGCGAGUCAAGUUUUUGGCGCCGUUGCCGGGGACGGCUAGGUUGUUGAAGAAACGUGAAUUCUGUUAAUUUAGCUUUUCGUUUUAGCAUUGUUUGCUUUGGCACACUUGUGCCUUCACAGGUUUGCUUGCUUGACUGUGUGCAGGUAGUGCAUGACCCGUAGCCAGUCGGGAGGUUUACUGUCGUUGGAUCCGGAGCUUGAACGCACAUGUCGCCAACUUAGGAGACAACAGCAAGCUAGACUGGCUACGGAGGAGCGCAUAGACGGCCACUUGAGCAGCGAUUCUGAGGAAGAGUACGAGAUGGAAGGCGAACACCACCCACCCCAGGGGAAUCCUUCCCAGGUUCCCCUGGUGAAUCAAAUCGGGUUCCCCUGGUGAAUCAGAUCUUAAAGUUGUACCAUAACAUAAUUGUACAAAUUUCACUAUCGAGCGUUUAGCGAAACCCAUCCUCCACAUCACUGCUUCCAAGAAGUUCCGCCCGACCUAUCACAAACUUUUGCCAUGUUGAUUUCGAGAAGUUCCUCCACCCACUGCUUUGUCAUUGUAUGAAAACAUUUCAAAACCAGUCAUAAUAUCAUCCAUGGAUUUGAGGUCCAAAUCAUUUGGAAAGUUGAGAUUAUCCAAAUUAAAGUAUUGAAUCAAUUUGUAUAUUGUAAUUUGAUAUAUAGUGUCAAUGUAUGAAUUUAAAAAAUAUAUUAUUUAGAUGUUGAAUAAUUUUGGUAGUCCCGCAAAAAACUAAGAAACAAAAAUGAGUAAUUGACAAUAAUCCAUAAUGAGUGAUUCUGAUGUGCUCAGUUUCUGCUCAAAUAUAUGUAUUUUGUUUACAACAAAUGACAAAUUCUCUUAAUUAUAUGUAUUGUCAAAAUACAUCAUCUGAAAUCACAAUUUCUCAAACGAAGUCAUUGAAUAGAGAGCCCGCUUUUGCUGGUAACAAAUCCGAGGUAAUGAUUCAAGCCUUUUAUCCUAAUAAUAUGAUCAUGACCUUUUUCAUAAUUAGCUCGAGGUAAUGAUUAGGCUUUACCCUGCUAUUAGAAAGGGAGAUUAUUUUUCUCCCACAUAUCCACAUAAUUAACACUCAUGAUAGAAAGAUACACAUGAAUAUAGUAUGUACACAGUACUAAUAAAAUAGGAUGUACGCAAGUGGAGCAUACAUAUAUAAUAUAUGGUAUAUUCAAAUAUAAGGACGCCAUAAUAUAACUAAGAAGGUAAAUGAAUAAAGCCUCUCGAUUUUCAGACUCGCGAAUUAGUUUAACUCAGAUGCUUGUUAAGUUCAACUUGAAAGCUGGUUUAAAGUUUUCGCGAACUUAGAUCGACUUUGUGACUCGUUGAGUUUAGCUCUCCAACUGAAUUCUAUAGCGAUCACGAGCCAACUUGAUCAUAUAGUUAUCAGAGCUCGAAGUAGUUGCCAUGUUGCUUUACAAUUACUAGUUCGCCACAUAACUUGAUUUAAGAUUUUGAGUACAUUGUAGGUAUAUUCUCAUCAAAAGGAAUUGGUUAAAAUUACGAACUAGAUUAUAUUACACCAACAUAGUAUAUAAACAGUUAAACACGAGUGAAAAAUUAACUAUUAUUCUUUUUUUAUUAACCACACAUGCAUCAUAUAUAACAUAAAAAUGUUACGGUAUUCAAGUUAUAAAUUAUUUAGACUUAAUUUUAGAUUAAGUCAUUUAAACUUAUAAAUGAGCUAGGCUCGUGAGCUUAUUGAUGAGCCGAGCGAGCUCGAGUUAAGCUCAUGAGCUCCUUAAUGAGCUAAGCACGAGAUUGACUCGUUUCUUGAUGAGCCAAGCUCAAGUUUAGAAAAACUAGAUUCUACUCAUUUGCAACCCUAGUUUCGUGUUUCCGAUUAAGCCUAACUCAAUAAUUAAUAUAUAUAAACGUGAAGUGAGGUUACUGUUGUCAAAAUAACUUCAUUUUGAUACUCCAAAUUUAAUUAAAUUCAACUUAGUCACUAUAAUGUAUAUUUUAUAUUUUGAUACCCCAAAUUUAAUUUUAAGUAAAAUCAUUGAACAAUUAUGUUUUAGUCUAAACUUUAUGAGAUUUUCGUACAUAUAAUUUUAAAAAUUUACAUAUUGGUCCAAUGUUUACAUUUCACUUGAAUCCAUAAAUCCAAUCAACCAAUUCAUGAAUCCAAUCCACUGUAACAUAAAAUUAACAUUUUAGUUUGUACCAUACAAGAUGUUGUAUCACUCAACUCUAUGAGAAGAUUCGACCAUUUUGAUCUUUGAUGAUAUUUUUACUUCAAAUUAACAUGUAUGAUAUCCAUUUGAAAUCAUAAUUAUCAUUUUUAAAAGAACAUUCUAUUCGAUGAUGUGACAACAUAUUUAGUAAAAUAUAAUACGAGUACAUUA